AUGGGGAACUUCAGGGUGCGCUGCUAACGCCUGGUGUUACGUUCGGCGUCUCUGUUUCUCACUAGAUCAGUAGCAUCGUCGACGAGGAGUUAAUCCCUGUACGAGGGAAUGCCCUCAGAGGAUCGAGGACGUCGGGGGAUGAUUCCUAUUCUCCCCCGUCUCCAGCCGUGGGCAGACAGACUCAUCUAGGUGUCUCGGAUCUCGGGAUUAUAAUGAGAUCAGGUGUUGAUGGUAGCACGAUUGAAUGAUAUUUCUCACGAUGGCGGGCUUCAUUGAGGAUUGCGUUUCGACGUGCAUUGGGCUGUUGAUAUCGAUGAUGUCGGCUGCAAAGCUGUGUCAUGGGUUUUAAUUUGAUUCGCGGGGCACUUUCUUCCUAUUGCAGUUUCAUCAGUACCAGGUGGUGGGCCGAGGUCUCCCUACGGCGUCCGAGGAGCACCCGAAGAUCUUCAGGAUGAAGCUAUGGGCGACCAACGAAGUGAGGGCGAAGUCCAAGUUUUGGUACGAUAUAUCGCAUUCUUCCAUUGUUUGCCUUAUGGCAAGAUUUUUUUUGUUUGCACUUCGUGUGCUCAUGUUUCGCGAUCGGCCAUAUUCUCAGGUACUUUCUGAGGAAACUGAAGAAGGUGAAGAAGAGCAAUGGCCAAGUGCUCGCUAUCAACGAGGUACGCGCCGUGAAUACUCAGCCUCUCAGCUAAGCGGUGUACUAUGCUUUUUAAAAUUCCUUUGUUAGGUUGGAUGUUCUUCAUUUGAUGCUCAGGAAUGCAUGCUAAAUUGUUGAAUCCUGUAUUUGAAGCGCACAUCUAUCAACUGUGUGUAUGAUUACUUUUUGGAUUUUACACGUUGAUUUGAUUGCAUACCACGCUAGGCGUGCAUGUGAUCAUCUAGGCUUGGUUUCGUCAGUUGAAUUGCAUUAUACUCAUUAAUUAGUCUACGCCUCUGUCGAUAUCAGUUAUUACUCUGCAAUCACAUUUGGGAAACUUCUACGAUAAUUUAUCUUAGACAGCUCAUAUAGGAUUAUCGGCCUCAGUAAUCCCUGGAUCUAUGAGUCUGGCAACUUUGCCGAGGUGACCAGCAUUCGUCAUGGUUUCCUCUUUUUCCCUGUUGCCCACAUCAUAGGACUGUCGUGUUUUUCAUCUGUCUGCCUAUCCCAUAAGGCUCAUGGUGAACGCUACAUGCUACAUACAUUGUAUCGGCCUCAGUGGUACCUCGAUCUGUCAGUCUGGCAACUUUGCCGAGGUGAUCAGCAUUCGUCUUGAUUUCCUCUUUUUCCCUGUUGCCUACAACAUAGAUUCUGGUGCUUUUCAUCUGUCUGUUCGUUCCAUAAGCCUCAUGACGAUCACCACAGGGUACAUUUUGUCUGUCUCAACGGUUCCUGCAUCUGUGAGAGUCUGGCAACUUUGCCGAGGUGACCAGCAUUCGUCUUGGUUUCCUCUUUUUCCCUGUUGCCCACAUCAUAUGACUAUGGUGCUGUUCAUCUGUCCGUUCAUUCUAAAGGCUCAUGACGAACACCACAGGCUACAUAUCAAUUUUAUUUUUAUUCCCAAUCAUAGGUCGUGUAGCCUCCUCAUUGGUUCAAUUUUUCGACGGAAGUUUAUGUGAUUAUAUGGGAGUACACCUCGGUGAUUAUACCUGAUACCACGCUGUUCGAUUUCUGAGAAUCUGAAGACUAGUCGAGGCAACAGCUCUCCAUACCUUUCAGACAGUGGGGGCCUAGUUGCUUUCCUCUUUUUCCCUGUUGCCCAUGUCAUACGGCUAUGUUGUCUUUUAUCGGUCUGGUUAUUCCAAAGACUGACGAAGAGUCCAUACACGCAAUUCUUUGUUUUAAAUACCUCCCAUCAGAACUUGCUCGCGCCUUUUGAUCCGACUUUGGAUUCACGAAAUUACGCUUGAAUAUUGCCAGGAGUCACAUUAAUACUCCGAGCAAAGUUUCCACAGCUUCCAGGCAGUACAUGUGAUAUCAUCAGAAUUUCUUAGUCUCUGUGCACUUGUAGAAGGGGGUUAUUGGAGGCUUAAUCCAAUCGUCCAGGCAGGGCAGUUUCUUCGACCCCGUCCUCUUCUUUCAUACGGAUUCAUAUCUCUAAUGGAUCAUCUAUCAGCUAGUCUGUGUAUAUAUAGGAAGAACAGACCAUCAUCGUCAUCAAUUUCUUCUACCUGUUUUGCUAGUCUGUGUUAUGGAAUAGAAGAGCAGAGUACGACCUGGGAUUAUUUGUUGAGAAAAUCUGAGAUUUGGGUAGGUGGGUGGAUGGGUCUGACUGUCCCGUGCUCCACAGAUAUUUGAGAAGAAGCCGACGACGAUCAAGAACUUUGGGAUCUGGCUGCGGUACCAGAGCCGGACGGGGUACCACAACAUGUACAAGGAGUACCGGGACACGACGCUGAAUGGGGCGGUGGAGCAGAUGUACAACGAGAUGGCGUCCCGCCACCGGGUGAGGCACCCCUGCAUCCAGAUUAUCAAGACGGCGACCAUCCCCUCCAAGCUCUGCAAGCGCGAUAACACCAAGCAGUUCCACGACUCCAAGAUCCGCUUCCCCCUCGUCUCCCGCAAGGUCAGGCCUCCCACCCGCAGGCUCAAGACCACCUUCAAGGCCUCCCGCCCCAACAUCUUCAUGUAG